AUGUUAAGCAACGUAGUAUUAUUACAAUGUAGAACAAUCUCCAUGCAAGAAUAUCCUACUGUGGUUGUACUAGACUUGGACUACACAAUCUGGCCAUGCUGGUGCGAUACGCAUGUUAGUAUGCCGUUCAAACCACUCUCAAAAUCUAGAGUUAGGGAUAAAUACGGAGAGGAAUUAUCAUUGUAUCCUGAAGUGGAAUCCAUCAUUCUUGAACUUGCAGACCAAGGGAUAACCGUUGUUGGGGCAAGUAGAACCGCUACUCCUAAAGUUGCAAAAGAGUUACUUUCACUUUUUCAUGUGGGAGGUAAACCUGCGAUAAAAUACUUUCUGUCGCUCCAAUGGGGUCAAGGGUCUAAAACUAAACACAUUAUGAAAGCUGCCAAAGAAUUAAAUUUAGAAGAUGAAUUGCGAGACGGCGAAUUUAUCCUAUUCGAUGAUGAAAGUAGAAAUAAAGAUGUGGAGACUAUUGGAUGCAAGUUCGCAUAUCUUCCUUCACAAACUGUUGGACUUUCUAGGAAACACUUUGAAAAGGGAAUUAAUGAAUGGUCAACUUGGAGAGGGCGGAAAAAAAACUAA